AUGACUUUCGCCAUCCUUCGAGCGGCUGCGGCCUCGGUUGGAACUGCCAGCGCGAUGGCGGCCAGCGGCGCCUUCCUGCGCUGGGAGGGCACGAUGACGGCGCAGGUCUCAAAGGGCUUGUCCAAGAUAUCGAUGACGUGCACGAUGCCGUGCCUCCUGUUCGCCAGUGCCAUUGGCUGUAGGGGCGUGGUGGCUGGCGAGGAGUGCCCCCGCCUGCUCGAUUUGCUGGAGUGGCCCUUGCUUGUUCUGCCGUUUCUGUACGUUUUCGUCGGGCUCGUCGUUGGCUCGGCGGCUGCGCGGGUCGGCGGGACGCGCCCCGAGUUUCGGAGGGCCGCCACUGCCUCGGUCGCCUUUGGCAACUCCACCGGCCUGCCAAUCACGCUGCUGGGCGUCAUCAACUCUCAGGCGGGAGUCGCUCCAAUGUUUGGCCGAGACACCGGCCUCAACCUCACCUACCUCGCCACGUACCUGCUCAUCUAUCCGGUGCUGCAGUGGAGCGUGGGAGGCUGCCUCCUGCAGCGCCGCGGCGGAGCGCCGGGCGGCGAGCCCGAGCCUCCGAUCGCGUCGCUGCACACGAGCAUCGGGCCCCGCCGCUGGAGCAGCAGCGACGUCGGAGAGGACGCCGAGCGCGCGGCGGCCGUCUGGGCUGCUGCUGCUGCUGCGGCUUCGGCCGCACAGCCGCCUUUGGACGCGCCCUCUCCCCUCCAGACGCUGUCGACGGCGCUGCAGCGGGUGCUGCCACCGCCCGUGCUUGGGGCACUGGCCGGCAUGUGCGUCGCCCUCACGGCAGGCGGAGGAGCGUACUCGCCUCGGGCGUGGCUGCUUGCAGAGUGCCCGGGAGAGGCGCGCGGCGAGUAG